UACAUUCUCUAUGGAAAACGAGCUUAGAAAUUUUUACAGUUAAUACGACUUUUUUAUUCACUAUCAGAUUCUAGCCAAUUGAUUUGAAUACAGAACAUUUUCUUUGACCUCGCUACUCAUUAGGCUAAUUAUUGCAUUCAAUUUGUAUGCACACAAUCGAGUUAAGUAAUCUUUAAACUGAAGUCAAUUCACUAGUCUCCAGUUGUAAUUCGACGGAUUUCGACAUGCUUUACGCGUUGCAGCCUUACCUUAAAUAUUUUGCUGUGCUGGGUCUAGUGCCUUGGACCGAGAGGAGCUCUCAGCAAAUGGUACAAAAGAUUUACACCACUGCCAUCAUUUUAGUUAAUAUUGGAGUGGCCUUCUACAUUGUGGUCUAUUCUCCUCCCGAAGGAGAUCUGUUGGUAUCGUUGCUAGUCAGCUGCAUCGUCUUUAUAUCCCAAAUUGUCACCAUGACCGUAAUUGAACUGCAAGUGAUGUGCCAAUAUGACCGAUACUACGAAUUUUGUCUUCAAUUAAAGUGCUUAAGGCGACAAUUUGAAUGCGAGCUGCUUCAGCAAGUCCAAAGAUUGCCGUGGACUCGGUAUAUCAAGUACUUUCUAUUGGGGGCUCUCAAUAUUGCGAGCGUUGUACCUGGAGUUUAUGUGAUUCUACAUUAUGAUUAUAUUGGCUACUUUUGGUAUUCACUAGCCGCAGUCAUAAUCAAUCGCUUUCAAUGCCUGCUGCUACUGCUCUACGCGGAGCUCUUAGGUUUCCAUGUGGAGCUAUUGGGAUUGCGUCUAAAAUACGUUCACAAUUGUCGUCAACUGGGAGUGCAUUCAGUGCUGGAUGUAAAGUGCGAACAGAUGUGCUCUCUUGAUUACUUGCUUAGUCUUAAGCGAUCCUAUAUGGAGCUGUAUCGUCUAUUUGGGCAAUAUAAUGGUCUGUAUGGUUGGUCGAUUGUGUGCAUAUUUGUGGUCAUGUUUUUGGAUAGCAUGAUCAAUAUUUAUUGGGCUCUGUUAGUUCUGGCCAAGAUCUACAACUUUGUAUUCAUCUACAUGACCUUCUCAACAUUUGUGCCACUGCUAAUUCUACUCUUCACUUUCUGUCGUUGUGGCGAGUACUGCAAGCGACAGCACAUGCUCAUUGGCAGUCAUGUGCGUGGCUUGGCUUGCACCUCUCAGAGUCAACAAGAGCCAUCUUCACAGGCUUAUACUGCAGUCUUGGCCGAGUUCGCAAUGCAGGUGGAACAGGAUGCAUUAAUCAUCAGCGCCGAAGGCUUUAUGGAUAUUGACUACAGUCUAUUGAUGUCGAUCUUUACAGCAAUGGUCACCUAUUUGAUUGUUCUUAUGCAAUUCGGCUCGUUGUAGAAUGUCUGACGACCCUAAGACUAUAAUUGACCGAUAAGCUAUUACAUCGAUAGUUGUUUUUACUAAUGACCUACAUAAGACCUCACACCCUUUACUGUCGGAACAAAGUUUGACCAACGGAAAUCGUGAUUUAGAUAAGAUUGUCGAAAAAAAAAACAAUCAAAAUAUUGGCGCAAAAUAUUUAUAACAUCCAUCAAAAUAUUUUUUUUUAAACUGGCUAAAACCAGUUUCAAUUAUGAAAAUUUGAUAAGCACGUGUGCACAAGCUCUACAAUUAUAAUUAUAGAUUCGAUUAUAUUGAACUGCACAAAACUUGGUAAGAUCAACACACAAAUAACAAAAUUGGCAUAAACACGAAAUUGUUUUCAGCUGAUAAUUAUGCAAGAGCCCCCUAGAUUACUGUUGUCAGCUGGGAAUUAUUUUGGAUUGCGAAUAAAAGUGCAAAUACGCAUACGUUUGGACCACGGAGGGAUUAUGCAAUGUCAUCUAAAGUUGCAAUGAUCUGAGCACGCUGCUCGCUGGUGAUAUUUGAGUUCACUUAUUAAUAAAGCCGGCAAUUCUGAACCAUUUGGCUGAUAAGCGAUAACCUGCUCGAGUGCCCCCAUCUAUGUCAACAAAACAAAUAAAUGAAACCGGUUUCGGUGAUGCACCAUAAAUGUGGCAAA